GGCAUCGAGCCAGCGCGGCCGGAGGGCAGGGGGACGGCGCUGCCCGAGGGUGGGGCGCCAGCGGGUCUUGAGGUCGAGAGGCGGGGAACGAGGGACUCCGCGGACUGGAAAGAAAAGCGGAGGGAGGACAGGAGUAGAAAGGACCCAGACAAGCGCAGGGAGGACAGGCAGCCGGGAGCCCGGAACGAGUACCGGGAGAAGUCCUUUGAGAACGUCCAGGAGUGCUGCCGGGAGAACGCAGUGGCGCGCAGGGCCAACGGCGCGGAGCAGGUGCAGCGGGAGUGGAAGUACCGGCCCGAGAAGAAGCCCUCCUGGCCCAAGGCCCCAAGGACAUCGGAGUCCGAGGAGGAGGAGGGGGAAUGCAGCGGAGGGAAGGCCACCCUGCCCGGUGCCCAAAAGCAGUUACGGCGGUCCACGGUCAGAUUCAGUAUCGGCCCCAAAUCUCCUCACCUCCAGUUGCCGGUGUCCGUCGUCCGCUGCCUCUCGGGCGUCAGUGUCAUUAACGAGCUGGCGAAGAUGGGCGACCCAGAUCUCCUGGAAAUAAUGGAGGAGGAAGGGAAAGGAUCCAGUAGAGAUCCAUGCUAUGAUUUCCCGAUGAGUGAGCAGAGCCUGAACAGCACAGAGACCAGCUUUCUCAUCAGUAAAGAAUCAACGCCUGCAAAAAGAUACAAUUUGUUCCUGAGACGGCGUCUUAUGUUUCAAAAAAGUAAACAAAGCAAAGAUUCUAUCUUCUUCCGAGAUGGGAUUAGGCAAAUUGAUUUUGUACUUUCCUAUGUUGAUGACAUAAAGAAAGACAUGGACAUAAAGGCGGAAAGAAGAAAAGAAUUUGAACUAAAUCUUAGGAAAACAGGUCUUGAGUUGGAAAUUGAAGACAAAAGGGACUCUGAAGAUGGAAGAACUUAUUUUGUCAAGAUUCAUGCCCCUUGGGAGGUAUUAGUUACUUAUGCUGAAGUGUUGGGAAUCAAAAUGCCUAUUAAGCAGAGCGAAGCUCCCCCACCUGAGAACACUCACUUAAGCUCCAUCCUUGGGCCUGUGAAGCUCCCAGUGAAACUGAAAUAUCCUCAUCCUGAGUAUUUCACUGCCCAAUUCAGCAGACAUCGGCAGGAGCUCUUCCUCAUUGAAGAUCCAGCAACCUUCUUUCCGUCCUCAACAAGAAACAGAAUUGUAUACUAUAUUCUCUCAAGAUGUCCUUAUGGCAUAGAAGAUGGGAAGAAAAGGUUUGGUAUUGAAAGACUGCUAACUUCUAACACUUACUUAUCUGCCUAUCCACUCCAUGAUGGCCAAUAUUGGAAGUCAUCAGAACCUCCCAAUCCUGUCAAUGAAAGGUACAUACUUUACCAGAAUUGGGCUCGGUUUUCCGAUUUUUACAAGGAGCAACCUUUACAUUUGAUUAGGAAAUAUUAUGGAGAAAAAAUUGGUAUCUAUUUUGUCUUUCUGGGAUUUUACACAGAAAUGCUGUUCAUUGCAGCUGUAGUUGGUUUAGCUUGUUUCAUCUAUGGUUUAUUAUCAAUGGAAGGUAACACAAACAGCAUUGAAAUCUGUGACCCUGAGAUUGGAGGUCAGAUGAUCAUGUGCCCACUCUGUGAUAUAGUAUGUGACUAUUGGAGACUAAAUUCUACGUGUUUGGCUUCCAAGUUCUCUCAUUUAUUUGAUAACGAGUCAACAGUGUUCUUUGCAAUAUUCAUGGGAAUUUGGGUCACAUUAUUUUUGGAGUAUUGGAAACAGCGACAAGCCAGAUUGAAGUAUGAGUGGGACCUGGUAGACUUUGAAGAGGAACAGCAGCAGCUUCAGUUGAGACCUGAAUUUGAAGCUAUGUGUACACACAGAAAACUGAAUCCUGUGACUAAGGAGAUGGAACCUCACAUGCCUCUGUGUUCUCGUCUUCCGUGGUACUUUUUAUCGGGAGCCACAGUGACAUUAUGGAUGUCUCUUGUCAUUGCCAGUAUGGUAGCUGUCAUUGUGUACCGCCUGGCGGUCUUUGCUACAUUUGCUAGGUUCAUGGAAAGUGAAGCUUCCUUACAGCAAGUCAAAAGCUUCUUCACUCCCCAGUUAGCUACGUCACUCACAGGAUCGUGCUUGAACUUUAUUGUCAUCUUGAUCCUGAAUUUCUUUUAUGAAAAGAUAUCUGCCUGGAUUACAAAAAUGGAAAUUCCUCGAACUUACCAGGAGUAUGAGAGCAGUCUUACCUUGAAAAUGUUCCUGUUUCAGUUUGUAAAUUAUUACUCGUCCUGCUUCUACGUAGCUUUCUUUAAAGGAAAGUACGUGGGCUAUCCUGGAAAAUACACCUAUCUGUUUAAUGUAUGGAGAAGUGAAGAGUGUGAUCCUGGAGGCUGCCUAAUAGAAUUGACAACCCAGUUGACCAUCAUAAUGGUUGGGAAACAGAUUUUUGGAAACAUUAAAGAAACCAUUUAUCCCUUGGCUUUGAAUUGGUGGAGACGCCGAAAAGCUCGGACCAACUCUGAGAAGCUAUACAGUCGAUGGGAGCAGGACCAUGACCUUGAAAGUUUUGGGCCUCUUGGGCUAUUUUAUGAGUACUUAGAAACAGUUAUCCAAUUUGGAUUUGUCACACUGUUUGUAGCCUCUUUUCCUUUAGCUCCUCUUCUAGCUCUCAUCAAUAAUAUUGUAGAGAUCCGAGUGGAUGCCUGGAAACUUACUACUCAGUACAGGAGAACUGUAGCUUCUAAAGCGCAUAGCAUAGGUGUCUGGCAAGACAUUCUUUGUGGAAUGGCUGUCGUUUCUGUUGCAACUAAUGCUUUUAUUGUUGCAUUUACAUCGGACAUCAUUCCCCGUUUAGUUUACUAUUAUGCCUACUCAACAGAUGCCACACAGCCUUUGAGAGGAUAUGUCAAUAACAGCCUGUCAACGUUCCUAAUAGCUGAUUUUCCAAACAACACUGCACCUUCGGAAAAACGAGACUUCACCACUUGCAGGUACAGAGAUUACAGAUUUCCUCCUGAUCACGAGAACAAAUAUUUUCAUAAUAUGCAAUUCUGGCACGUCCUUGCUGCCAAGAUGACUUUCAUCAUAGUUAUGGAACACAUUGUAUUUUUAGUUAAAUUUUUAUUGGCCUGGAUGAUACCUGAUGUUCCAAGAGAUGUUCUGGAGAGAAUCAAGCUAGAAAAGUUAAUGACUAUCAAGAUUCUCCAUGAAUUCGAACUCAACAAAUUAAAAGAGAACUUGGGUAUUAAUGUUGAUGAACGUGUGAAGAAGCAUGUCAUGAUUGAAGAAAACAAAGUAUAACUGGCUAAAUCAACAAUCUAAUCAGCAUAAUGAGCAAGCAGCUGGUUGCCUGCCUCACUUAACUUUUUUCCCUGGGUUUAGGGCGAGAGGCCAUAAGCCAGGUGUCAUUUUUACUUUUUCUUUCUUUUAUUAACUCAAAAGUUUUAUACCCUUCUGUAGAAGCCAACUUUGUGUUAUUGGAAGAGUACCACUUGUCUGCUUCCUUGUCUGGGCCUUCCCCAGACAUUGCUUGCUAAGAUCCUGUAAAUGAGUACUGAAAGUGUGUGUGGAAUCAGAAUAUUGGGAAAUCAUGGAGUGUUGCAGUUUAGAAUGAAA